GACAGAGUAAAGAUGCAGGUUGGGAAAUAAUAACUGGCGGAUUUAAUCCAUGUUAAAGCUGGAGCACUAUGUGUGGCUGUAUUGCUGAUUGCAAUAUAUAGUAAUAUAUAAUAAGAAUGAAAAUGGGUAGUAGAUCUGGCGGCUUGGUUUGUUCUACUUGUUCUUACACUGGGAUUAGGACGAGACGUUUCUACACUAACAAUAAUACCUUUCCCUCUUUCUCCUUUACCUUCCCCCACCAACCUCAAUCAUUCUCUUUCCCUAAACCUCUCAGACUCAUGUCUCAGCCUUUGACCACCAACUCUGCUGAUGGUGAUUCCUCCGUCGCCGCACCUCCCAUCCUCUUCGAUUAUCAUCUUAUCGACCAAAAACUUCUCCAAAACAUAGUCUACGAUGCUCUUGUCUGGAGCACCCUCAACUGCCUCCUUGUUGGUGACAAAUCAGUUCAGAGAUCAGGAACAGUUCCUGGUGUUGGCCUGGUGCAUCUCCCGCUUUCUUUAUUACCUGGGCCAUUUCCUGAAAAUCAUUGGAAGCAAGCGUGCGAAUUAGCUCCUAUAUUUAAUGAACUUGUUGAUCGGGUGAGUUUGGAUGGGAAAUUUCUCCAGGAAUCUCUCUCCAGAACUAAGAAUGCGGACGAAUUUACCUCAAGACUUUUAGAUAUUCAUUCUAAGAUGCUACAGAUUAACAAAAAAGAGGACAUACGCAUGGGAAUAGUUCGUUCAGAUUAUAUGAUUGAUGAGAAGACUAAAUCACUUUUGCAAAUAGAGAUGAACACGAUUUCCACUUCAUUUGCUUUGAUUGGUUGCCUUAUGACUGGACUUCAUAAGAGCUUACUUUCUCAAUAUGGAAAGUUCCUUGGACUAGAUUCCAAUAGGGUUCCUGCCAAUAAUGCUGUUGAUCAGUCUGCAGAGGCCUUGGCUAAAGCUUGGAGUGAAUAUAACAAUCCCAGGGCUGCAAUUCUGGUCGUGGUUCAGGUUGAAGAAAGAAACAUGUACGAGCAGCAUUAUAUUUCUGCACUUCUAAGAGAAAAACAUCAUAUUAGAAGCAUACGCAAAACAUUGACAGAAAUAGAUCAGGAAGGAGAAAUUCUGCCAGAUGGAACACUUUCUGUGGACGGACAAGAAAUUUCAGUUGUUUACUUCCGGGCUGGCUACACACCAAAGGACUAUCCUUCAGAAUCAGAAUGGAGAGCUAGGCUACUGAUGGAACAAUCUUCUGCUAUCAAAUGCCCUACUAUAUCUUAUCAUUUGGUUGGCACCAAAAAGAUUCAACAGGAACUUGCAAAGCCUGGUGUUCUUGAGAGGUUUGUAGAAAACAAAGACCACAUUGCCAAAUUGCGUGCAUGCUUUGCAGGAUUGUGGAGUUUGGAAGACUCGGAUAUUGCUAAAAAAGCAAUUGAAAAUCCAGAGUUAUUUGUGAUGAAGCCUCAAAGAGAAGGAGGAGGAAACAAUAUUUAUGGUGAUGAGUUGAGGGAAACCCUCCUUAAAUUACAGGAAGCAGGUUCUGAAGAAGAUGCAGCAUACAUCCUUAUGCAGAGGAUAUUUCCAGCCACUUCUCCAGCAAUUUUGGUGCGUGAUGGUAAUUGGGAUAUGGGUCAUGUCAUUUCAGAAGCUGGAGUAUUUGGUACUUAUUUAAGGAAUAAGGAUAAGGUUAUCAUUAAUAACGAAAGUGGCUAUAUGGUGCGUACAAAAAUAUCAUCAUCUUAUGAAGGUGGAGUUUUGCCUGGUUUUGGAGUGGUAGAUACUGUAUACCUAACUUGAUGGGAGCCAACCCCCAAGUUAUCAAAGCAAUUCAAAACAUUAUGUAUGGUUUAUAUAUUACCACUCAAGUCUCCUGACUCCUGAUUUUGUUUGUAUAUCUCCGAAACCAGUGAAAGAAGAAAAGAGGCAUUGUUGUUUCUUUUAAUUGUUCCUAUGGGAUGGUGUCUGUACUCAACGACCUGUUUGAUUCUAACCAAUAAAAAUUGAUGAACUGUUCUUCUAA